GAUUAAUAAUUAGUACAAUUUAACAUAAGGAUUGAUGAAUGAAAGAAAAUGGCACAAUCCUCAAUCGUCGCGACUCUGAGCCGGCACUUUAAAAGGAACAUUAUACCCGCACUCUUCGCUCACUCCUCUUUCAGAUCUCGUUCUUCUUCUCUUUCCUUCCGCCGCAAAGCCCCUCUCUCUGCUUCUCUGUCAACCAUGGGUGAAACUCCAGUCGCUGCUGUUGAUGCUGGCAUGGACGCCGUCCAACGCCGUCUCAUGUUUGAUGACGAAUGCAUUUUAGUGGACGAGAAUGAUCGUGCUGUUGGUCAUGAAUCCAAAUACAAUUGCCACUUGUGGGAAAAGAUUGAAUCUGAAAAUUUGCUGCACAGAGCUUUCAGUGUAUUCCUGUUUAACUCGAAGUAUGAGUUGCUUCUUCAGCAACGCUCUUCAACAAAGGUGACAUUCCCUCUUGUGUGGACUAACACCUGCUGUAGCCAUCCACUGUACCGAGAAUCUGAGCUUAUUGAAGAGAAUGCCCUUGGAGUAAGAAAUGCAGCUCAGAGGAAGCUGUUGGAUGAGCUCGGUAUUCUUGCUCAAGAUGUACCAGUUGACCAGUUCACCCCAUUGGGUCGCAUACUUUAUAAGGCACCUUCUGAUGGCAAAUGGGGAGAGCAUGAAGUGGAUUAUUUGCUGUUCAUUGUCCGGGAUGUUAACGUUAAUCCAAAUCCUGAUGAAGUGGCUGAUAUCAAAUAUGUCAACCGUGAUCAGUUGAAGGAGCUGCUGAGGAAAUCUGAUGCAGGUGAGGAAGGUUUGAAGCUGUCCCCCUGGUUCAGACUAAUUGUUGACAAUUUCUUAUUUAAAUGGUGGGAUCAUCUUGAGCAAGGGACCCUUAAGGAGGUCAUUGACAUGAAGACAAUUCACAAGUUGACAUAAAACCAGAGAUCUUGCAGCGAACUAUUAAGGGUUGAUAUUUUUCAUACAAAUAAAGAAAAUAGACCCGUUUAAGGAAAGUUUUUGAAGUAGUAUCCCGUAUAAUAUCAUUGGUCGUUUCUGUUAUUUGAUAGUAUACCCAGAACAGUAAUGCCUGGGUGUAUCUUAAAAUUGGCAGAAAGUUUUGUUGUUGAUUGAAUUAGGAUUUUGGGAUGCGUGCGAAUGUUCAAUAAGGUUAAAGUUGUUAUGAAUAGGAUGCUCGUGACUUGAAUCUUUUUUACUUAUAAUAAUAAUGGUGUUAGGAAUAUUGUGUUGAAUCUUAAGUUUAUUA